GAAUUCCUCCUUUCUCCUGUGUUCUCUCUGUGGAGCUCUUGCCCCUCGCAUCUACGCCGCGGCAGCCGCAGCAGUAGCAGUGCAGCCACAGCCAUGAAGACCAUCUUGGCAUCCGAGACCAUGGAUCUCCCCGAGGGGAUCAAGGUCGAAAUCAAGGCCAAGCAGGUGCGCGUUACGGGCCCCCGCGGCGUGCUCACCCGCAACUUCAAGCACUUGAAUCUCGACUUCCAACUUCAGGACGGCGGCCGCAAGUUGAAGGUCGAUGCGUGGUUCGGUAACCGCAAGACCAUGGCCGCCAUCCGCACUGCCAUGAGCCACGUGAACAACCUCAUCACGGGUGUCACCAAGGGUUACCGCUACAAGAUGAGGUUUGUGUACGCUCACUUUCCCAUCAACGCCAGCCUCGGCGGGGACAAGGACAGCAUCGAGAUCAGAAACUUUUUGGGGGAGAAGAAGGUUCGUAGGGUUGAGAUGUUGAAUGGUGUGAGCAUCACCCGUUCCGAGAAGGUGAAGGACGAGCUUGUGCUUGAAGGUAACGACAUCGAGCUUGUCUCUCGGUCGUGUGCUUUGAUCAAUCAGAAAUGCCACGUUAAGAAGAAAGAUAUCCGAAAGUUUUUGGAUGGUAUCUACGUGAGUGACAAGGGCACCAUCGUCGAAGAGUAACUGGGAGGUCCUGCAUACUUUGUUGCCAGUUCUAUUUAAUGGACCCCUUUUACGGGAGUUUGAGGUUUCAAGUCAAUUUUGUACCUUUAAUGUGUCUAGUUAAUGAACUGGGUGCAUUGAAUAAUUUGAAUGAUAUUGGCUGUUCAUUAUCUCAA